AUGGCCAGCCUAGUCAAAGAGACUGCCGUGACAGGCAUCAAUGCCACGGCCAGUGACGAAAAGGUCGACGUGACUCGGGCCCAUGAGACGGGUUCAGAGAAAGGUCGAACGGGGCCGGCAGAUCGGCGCGGUGCGACAGGUGAGAUCAGCGCAAAGGAAGAGCGUGCAUUUGUGUGGCGGCUCGACCUGGGACUUCUGGUGGUAGGCUUUUUGGGCUACACAUUCAAGUAUCUUGACCAGACAAACAUUAGCAACGCAUAUGUUUCUGGCAUGAAAGAGGAACUGCAUCUGGAAGGAGACGAGCUUAACUACUUUACGACCUACUUCAACCAAUGGUACCUUCCGGACGAGAUUGCAUUGCGCAUGAGCAUCUACAACGUCGCCCAGCCAACUGGAGCGAUGCUCUCUGGGGCUAUGCAAGGCUCAUUGGCGACAAACCUCGAUGGCAUCCUGGGUCGGUCAGGCUGGCGAUGGGCAUUUAUUAUCAAUCCCGAACGUCAGAAUCCCCUAUCUAAAUACUACAUGAAGCCUCGCCACAUAGUCAAGAGCUUUUUGCGCUGCUUUUCUUUCUGGCAACUGUGGCUGGUUGCUAUCGCCUGGCCGAUUGGUGGCAACACGACACCAUCUGGAUACUUCAACCUGUGGCUGAAAUCACUGAAGAACCCAGACGGGACGAAGAAAUAUUCUGUCGGCAUGCUGAACUAUCUACCUAUCAUUGGGCAGGCAGUGCAGUUUGUGGCCGAGAUUUUGUUCAAUGGCUUCAGCGACCUUCUGGGCGCACGACUGCCGUUUCUGCUCCUACAUUCAGCAAUCAGCAUCACGUCACUCAUAAUCCUGAUUAUCCGGCCAAGCAACCAUCACUCUUACAUGGCCGGCUGGUAUCUCAACUACGUAGGAGGUGUCUCCACUAUGCUCCUCUGCUCCUGGGCAGCCACGCAUCUACAGAGCGAGCCGGAAGUACGCACGGUACUCUUUGCAAGUGGCACGAUUCUGGCAUACCUGCUCAGCGCCUUUGUGCCGCUGGCCGCAUACCCAGCAAAACAAGCGCCCAAUUGGCACAUUGGAGCCAAGCUGUAUUUAGGCUUUGCGGUGGCGUCUACGAUCCUCUUUAUCGUUAUACACUUUGCCUUUCGAUACGAAAAGACGCGGCAGGCGUCAAUAGUGCCAGCUACGGACGGUACUGGGCUACAUCACGAAGGGCUAGGGCUAGAACCGAAAGAAUGA